GAGCCUCCAAGGUAGACCCAGGACCUCACUUUGGCUCUGCACAAAUGCUGAACAGAGGCAGUACAUGAUUACAGAGGGAUGGUGACUAAAAGGUGCUUUUCCCACAUGAGUGCAAGAAGAGUAGACAGUUAAAAGAAGUGGCUGCUGUGGAGGACAGCAUGACCACCAUGAAAGGAAGCUGCUUCCUCACACUGCUCUUGGCAGGACUUGGGGUGUUAGGAAUACUGGAGUCAACAACAAGAGAAGAUACCCACUGCCACAGAGCUGAGCACCCAAUUAUUUCAUACAAAGAAAUUGCCCCUUGGCUACACGUGUUCAAAGCAGAAGAUGCCGUGGACUUCUCACAGUUAACAUUUGACCCAGGACAAAAAGAGCUUAUUGCUGGAGCAAGAAACUACCUCUUCAGAUUGAAGCUUGAGGAUCUCUCUCUAAUACAGGCAGUGGAGUGGCAAUGUGAUGAAGCUACUAAACGAGCCUGUUACAGUAAAGGCAAAUCAAAGGAGGAGUGCCAGAACUAUAUUCGAGUACUUCUUGUUGGAGGCAACCAUCUCUUUACCUGUGGAACCAACGCGUUCACUCCAAUCUGCACCAAUCGCACGUUAAGCAACUUGACAGAGAUUCAUGACCAAAUCAGUGGCAUGGCUCGUUGUCCCUACAGUCCCCAGCACAAUUCCACUGCUCUUCUCACUUCCAGUGGAGAAUUAUAUGCUGCUACAGCCAUGGAUUUUCCAGGAAGGGAUCCUGCUAUUUAUCGAAGUCUGGGGGCCCUUCCUCCACUCCGAACUGCCCAGUACAACUCCAAGUGGCUGAAUGAACCAAAUUUUGUGUCAUCUUAUGACAUUGGGAACUUUACCUACUUCUUCUUCCGGGAAAACGCAGUGGAACAUGACUGUGGGAAAACAGUUUUCUCUCGUGCUGCUCGGGUGUGCAAAAAUGAUAUUGGUGGCAAGUUUGUGCUGGAGGAUACCUGGACUACCUUCAUGAAAGCUCGUCUGAACUGCUCUCGCCCUGGAGAAAUUCCAUUUUACUACAAUGAACUUCAGAGUACUUUCUUCCUGCCAGAACUGGACUUGAUCUAUGGGAUUUUUACCACUAAUGUGAACAGCAUAGCAGCCUCAGCAGUUUGUGUUUUCAAUCUGAGUGCCAUAACUCAGGCCUUUAAUGGACCCUUCAAAUACCAGGAGAACUCUCGCUCUGCUUGGCUUCCAUACCCCAAUCCUAACCCCAAUUUUCAGUGUGGCACCAUGGACCAGGGUUUGUAUGUAAAUCUGACAGAGAGAAAUCUUCAAGAUGCACAAAAAUUCUUCUUAAUGCAUGAGGUUGUUCAACCAGUUAUUCCAAUUCCUUACUUCAUGGAAGACAACAGCCGAUUUUCCCAUGUGGUUGUGGAUGUUGUGCAGGGCAAGGACAUGCUUUUCCAUAUCAUCUAUCUUGCCACAGGUAUGAAUCUUCAUUGCUGUGAUAACUGUAAAAUUUUCAUCCACAGUGCAUGCAUUGGAUCCCAAGACCCUUAUUGUGGCUGGGACAUGGUGAUGAAGAAAUGCACAACGCUGGAAGAAAGUCUGAGCAUGAGUCAAUGGGAGCAAAGCAUUACCGUGUGUCCAAUGAGGAAUCUGACAGUGGAUGGACAUUUUGGGACGUGGUCACAGUGGAAACCUUGCACCCACACUGACGGUGCCAGUGUUGGCUCCUGCCUCUGCAGGACGCGUGUGUGUGACAGUCCUGCUCCCCAGUGUGGAGGAUGGCUGUGUGAGGGACCAACCAUGGAGAUUGCCAACUGUUCCAGAAAUGGAGGCUGGACACCAUGGACUUCUUGGUCACCUUGUAGCACCACUUGUGGAAUAGGCUUUCAAGUCCGUCAGCGUUCCUGCAGCAAUCCAACCCCCCGACAUGGAGGACGAGUCUGUGUGGGACAGAAUCGGGAGGAGAGGUACUGCAACGAGCAUUUGUUGUGCCCCCCCCAUGUGUUUUGGACAGGCUGGGGGCCCUGGGAGCGCUGCACGGCUCAGUGUGGAGGAGGGAUCCAGGCACGGCGCAGGACCUGUGAAAAUGGUCCUGACUGUCCUGGCUGCAGUGUGGAAUAUCAGCCUUGUAACACCAACCCCUGCCCAGAGUUGAAAAAGACGACUCCUUGGACGCCCUGGACGCCGGUGAACAUCUCGGACAACGGCGGUCACUACGAGCAGCGCUUCCGAUACACCUGCAAGGCGCGGCUGCCCGACCCCAACCUGCUGGAGGUGGGCCGGCAGCGCAUCGAGAUGCGCUACUGCUCCAGCGACGGCUCCAGCGGCUGCUCCACGGAUGGAUUGUCAGGGGACUUCUUGCGUUCUGGAAGAUACUCUGCUCAUACCAUCAAUGGUGCCUGGUCACCCUGGUCUCCGUGGUCUCAGUGCAGUCGUGACUGCAGUAGAGGUAUCCGCAAUCGCAAACGGGUCUGCAGCAAUCCUGAGCCCAAAUAUGGGGGACUUCCUUGCCUUGGCCCAUCUCUAGAGUACCAGGAAUGCAACAUUUUGCCUUGCCCAGUGGAUGGAGGUUGGUCUUGUUGGUCCUCUUGGUCAAAGUGCUCAGCAACGUGUGGAGGAGGGCAUUACAUGAGAACGCGCUCCUGCACCAACCCGGCGCCGGCGUACGGAGGGGAUAUCUGCCUUGGGCUGCACACUGAGGAGGCACUCUGCAACACACAGCCGUGUCCAGACAGCUGGUCCGAGUGGUCCGAGUGGUCUGACUGCGACUCGUCCGGCUCCCAGACGCGCGCUCGGCAGUGCAUCGUUCUGUUUCCUGUGGGCACCCAGUGCACGGGCAACGCCUCCGAGAGCCGAGCCUGUGCUGUGGACUCCAACGUUAUACCAGAAAUAUCUGUGGCACGAUCCAGCAGCAUAGAAGAGAAACGAUGUGGCGAGUUCAACAUGUUCCACAUGAUCGCAGUGGGAUUAAGUAGCUCGAUCCUUGGUUGCCUUCUCACCCUGCUUGUUUACACGUACUGCCAGCGCUACCAGCAGCAGUCCCACGACGCCACUGUCAUCCACCCGGUGUCACCCGCCCCGCUCAACACCAGCAUCACCAACCACAUCAACAAACUGGACAAAUACGACUCCGUGGAAGCCAUCAAGGCAUUUAACAAAAACAACCUGAUUCUAGAGGAGAGAAACAAAUACUUCAAUCCGCAUCUUACUGCAAAGACUUAUUCUAAUACCUAUUUUACAGAUUUCAAUAAUUAUGAUGAGUACUAAUGGGCUUGUGUAUUUUUUGGCCUUCUGUAACUCCCCAGUCCCCAAGGCCUGUGCUACUCAAGUGCUCAUGUGAUUGAGGCUUCAGAGAUGAAGUUCAGAGACAUUUCAAGCACGAUCCAAGCCAUCAAUGUCCCAUUGCUGCCAAAAGCCCAAACCGCCUGUUUGUGACAUGAUGUUUUCUUUGCAGAAUGCAAGGUUGGCCUUCAGUGUCAAGGGCAGCUGUAGCCCCUCAAUGUUGCUGGACCACUCAUGAGGAUUGCAUUGCUUCACUCAGUUUCAUAAACUUUCACUUAUACUUCUUUAACAAGUGACUAAGUAAUUCUGGAGUUUUAAAAAGAAAUAAUAAUGUUACCCCUUAAACCUGUGCCAGGAGUACAAAUCCAAUUUUCUUUUUAGGCAUCGUCUUUUAUUUCCUUGGGGUUUAAAAAGGGAGCUUUGCUGUUAGCCCUGAAGCAGUCUCCUGAAGCUCACACUGCCAAAAAGAGCUCACACGGUGCUGGGGAUGACAAAAAGAAAUGUGGUGGUUUAGUGAUCCUCUGCAGCAGCUCUGGGCUCUGUAGGCUGAUCCUCCUGGGCUGUAAAUCACUCUGACUGCAGUUCAGCUGCUCAGAGUGCAGAGAAGUUCUAAGGCAGUACCAAGGGAUACAAUCUUGUAAUUAACCUGGACACUCCAGGGUCAGUGGUUUCCACUUGCAAGCCAAGCCCAGUCACAUAAAGCCUUCACCUUGCUCAGUUUAAUUUUUGUGAGGGUGUGGAAGGGCUUGUCCCACAAGGAGGCUGAGGGAGGUGGGCAGAUGGGAGAGGCAGGCUGGGAGGGUUUUCUCUGUGUCUCUAAUAAACCAGCCUUGCUGCAGCUCGCAGGUCUGUUGUGGCAUUCCAUAGGCUUCCUCUCCCUGCUGCAUGCCCAUGGGACACACUUGUCCGUGAUGGCUGUGGCACUUGCCACCAGGCUGGGCACAGAACGUGCACCUGCACCCUGUACUGUGUGCCAUCUCUGGCUCUUGGGGGUAUGUAGGCAUAAUCAUAGGUCUGCUUCUUUCUUUCCAGCUUUUACUUUAUAUGCACGUGUCCAACAAACAAAGCUGGCUCAGAGAAUAUGUAUACAUUUGCAAAGGGCUGUCUCACCUUGGUGUCACGUCUGACCUGCACCAGUCAGCCCCUAGAGGAACAUUCUUACGGUGUUUCAAGUGAUGAUCUUGUUGGACUUCAUUGAUGUAAAUAUUUAAAAUACUAUUUGAGUUUUAAGUUAUCAGUUUUAAUUCCUUUUGUAGUGGUAGAUGAGGAAACGCAAAGUUUUAUAGCAUUUUUCUUUGUCUGUUUUCACAUGCAUUCAUGCCAUUUUUAUUUUUGUAUCUGAAAUUCCAUAUGUAUAACUAAAAAAAAAAUUUCAGGGAUUUGAGUCAGAUUUUACAGAGUAUAUAGCAGCAAGGAAGCAUUUGCUAUUCUCAGAAGCUUGUGAGAAGAAAGUGAAUAUUAAGGAUUAAAGAACUGGGCUUUCAUUUUCUUGCUAAAAGCAAAGACCAUCACGCUAGAAUACUAGGGAGGUAUGCAAGGAGAAGCAGAAUGGAGAUGUUUCCAUUCUGUUUAGAGCCCUUGAUAAUUAGGUUAUGGAAUGAUAGACAAAUAGAGAAAAACAUGUCUAGGUUAUGACGAUUCACAACUAUGUAUGAAAGAAAAUCAAAAAGAAUCAAUAAACAUUUCCAUAGCAAUGGUAAAUACUGUAUCUACUCAUGGCAGUGAGCUAUAUUUUUGAAUGGGGAUAGAUCUGAAUGUAGCACUAUGCUUCCAAUCUGUUCUACAGCAAAAUGAAAAUAUUCAAAGUGGUCUUUAAAAUGCUAUGCAGUAAAAUGAACACACAUUUACCAUCUAUGAAAGUAAUUAAGAUCAGUCGCCUAUUUUUUUCCAGCUGAAUACUUCUCCCUAUUACUAACUCAGUCAAAUGAAUGCACCUCACCUUCACAGCAGCUCAUCUCCAGAAAGUAUAAUAAUGCUAGGUCUCUAUAAUUUGUGAUUUUUCACUGUACAUUAGAUUUGGUUUUCCAGGAAUAAAUUAGCUGAUUGCCCUGCGUAAGAGAAAAUUUUCUUUGCAAGAAAUAGAGAGGAGAAAAGCUCUCCAAAUCAUAACCAGUAUGGUAUUUGAAUUACUGUGUUCAUGCCAAAAUAUACAUUUUAUAUUUAAAUAAGAUUAAAAGAAAUAUAUUGUUGCUACUACCAGGAAAAAGCAGCACAUGUACAUACACACAUUUGAGCAGCAUUGUUCCUUUCUGCCCCUGUACUAAGAGCACAUUAGUCCGACUUCUGGAUUUUAUAUUUAGACUAUUAGUUUUGAGACCAAUAUCUUUAAAAUAUUUGAACUAGGUAUUUUUAUUUUACCUUUUUGAAUUACAAUUACUGAAAUUAUCUUUUUUUUUCCUAAGUCUUCAGUAGUUUGAGGCACGCCUAUCUUUAUAGUGAUCUAUUUUUCAUUUUUUCAUGGAUAAAUACAUAUGUUAGAUAUGUGUUAUAUAUGUGGUAAUAAGACCCUAGGUUAAGUCUGCAUGAUCAUAGGUAGAAGUCCAUUUAGCAGAUGCUCAGUCUGUUCACACUUCCCUCUCCUAAAGGAGUAUUUCAGGUGUUCCAGAUCUUUGAGCAGCUCCCACGCCAACAUGUCAGAAAAUGUUUCUUUUAAUUAUUUUUCUUUGUCAUUUAGCUUUCUAAAUUUAAUUGUUCUCUAUCACAGGUAGAAAUAUAUUCAAAACUCUAUCUGAAGCAGCAGGGUAAACAUGGAAAUUUCACAGCACUUAAAUGAGAAAAGCUUGAUGGCAAGUUCUCCUUGUCAAGCUGGGUUGUGAGACAACACGUUUUAAAGCCUUUAGUUAUUUGAGUCAGGUAAUUUUAAAGGACUCCAGAUGCAUUGACUGUAUCACCUUCUGAAUUCUAGGUAGCUGCCCAGGUAGUUUAGUACAGCUUUUCCUACUACAUGGAGCAAAGCAAAGUGCAGUAUCUGUUAAUUUUAAACUUUAUUUAGCAUUUUUUCUAAAAUAGGCUGCAAAGCUGAAAAAGCAGAUUUCAUAGAAUUGUUUAGGUUGGAAGAUGUCUAAGAUCGAGUCCAACAUUUAACCUAGCACUGCCAAGUCGCCUAUUAAAUGAUGUCCAUUUUUUCUUGAAAGCACUUACUUUUCUUUCUGUCAAAAAUAUAACAAGUGGGCAUUUCCUGCAAACCUUGUUUAAGCCAAGAGAGCUUUCAAAUUUUCUCAAGGAUAAAAUUUGGUUAUGAAAGCAUUGUUUUAUUCUUUGAAAGGGAAAAUCAAGACCCUUGCUCGUUAAAUGCUAUGCUUAAAUGUCCUUCAUCCUUUUGCUUGGAUAAAGUGAUCUAUUUUGGAUAAAUAAUUAUAUUACCUCUGAUGCCAUUAGUUAAUAUUGCUAAACAUGUUUACACUGGUUGCAUAAAUUUAAAAAUGCUUUUCUAUUUUGAAUACAAGCAGUUUGGCAGAUAAAUGCAAAUUCUCUAAGUAAAGCUGUUUCCAUGUAGCCCUGCUGCAUGGAGUGAGGAGGAAGCAAGAGUGCCAGUCACGGUAUAUACACUCAUUGGCCAACUCAAAGUACACUAUGCCCGAGUACACGUUUUUGUGCUUUUUUUUAAUGAAUCGUAGCAUAUAUUCCUUGGUUGCUUAGAAAAUGGACUCCUGUGCUUGCAGGUAUAUCUUGGACGCUGAUUUGAGUCUGAUGAUCUUUAUGGCCUUUUUAAGUUACUCUGUGUAGAAGCUGUUCCAGCUGUUUGCAGUCACCUGAUGUUGAAGCAGUGUGGUUUGGCUAAAACUAAUUGAGAGAUUUUUUUACUAGGAUUAGGAAUUUCAUGAGAGAGUAGAAGAAAGAAUGGGGCUUAAAUGGCUUUGAUUUCCAGGCUAUUAAGCAGUACUGAUUAAAGUCUCACAUGGAUGUAGGAUACUGUGCAUUUAGUUAGCUCUACCAGAGAUCCACACCAGACUGGGAAAAUACCACGCCAGCAUACAAAUAACAUAAGUGUUUCAGCUACUGAACCACUUAUGUUAGUGAAGAAAUUUCUCAGAGCAUCAGACCAUAUGGCUGUUCAAACCAGAAAAGAAUGUAAGAGGUCCCAGAUGUAAGUAAAAUGUUAAUAGGAUUAAAUGUUUCAGUAUUUUUUUUUCCUCAUAAUUAUAGAAUGAAUAUAUUCACUUCUUUAAAUGUGGGACCAGUUUUAAUAAAAUCGGCGCAACAUGAGCACAUUCCUAAUGUUGAUUGUAUGCAUAAUGGCUUUGCUGUAUGAGAUCAAUUCUGUAAACAGUUUGGUCCAAGCUUAUCUUGCUCUGCUUGAAGCAUCUGGCCAAUUUUAACUGUACCUGCCACCAGCAUAAUCUGUGUCUCAUCUAGGAAAACAUACUUAAAUGGGCAGAGUUACAUCCUGAUGAGGGCUUGUAUGUCUCCACCAACACUGCAGUGAGCCUAGAGAGAUAUACUUCUAAUUUUCAGUGUCAUUUCCAUGCCUAGGUUGGCAUAAGCUAGGCUCUUGAGUAUAAUUUUACUCAUCACGUAAGUAACCACACCGAGAUCAAUGGUAUAGAUGUAACAAGUUACUUAUUUUUAUGUGUUUACAGAAUUGAGCCCAAAAUGUAUUGCUAUUGCUUCUGCACAAAUCCAUGCACAGUACAAGAUGACUUCAAUAGUAAAAAAAACCAGAUUCAUUUAAAAUUUUUCACAAGCAAAUCUGCAUCUUGAUAUCAGGGAAUAUCUGUUCAUUGUGUGGGGUAUUUGAAUUCAUUCCUUUCUUUGCUAAAUAAAUGAAUGAUAAAACAAGAUACUGCUUGACUUCAUUUAAAAGCCAUUCUUCCAAAUAAAGAAGGAUUGUGGGA